UUACAAUUUAUAUAUAUCUAAACGAAUGCUUAAGGAGCUCCCUCAGGCCACAGUAGUCACACAUUUCUGCGACUACCAUCCAGAAAAGUUUUCCGGCCAAGGAGAUCCUCGUAUAGUGGACGAAUGGGUUCAGGGCCUUGAAAUGAUUUUCGAG